CUCACACCAGCUCACACCAACUCACACCAUCAUCGACCGAUGGACCUGAAGCACAGUUAUGUGUGUGUGUAUUGUGCCAGUGCAAGUUUCAAAGCACAUAGAGCAUUCGUAUCUUGGCUGUCAUGCGGAUUGAAGUAAAUCUAAAUCAAUUUUGUUGCCUCUUGCAUUUUUAAUUUAAAAAAUCAGAUCGAUUAAUCGCAGCUGAACAGCGAUCGACUAAUAGCGGUGAAAACAAAAAUUGAAUCCGGCUACGGAACACUGAGCAAACCUAUAAAAAUGGCAACGAUCGUACCUGAUGUGAACGAAGUGAAAUUGAAGGCUUUGGAAGCUUUCACAUCGAAAUUUAAAGAGCACGCGAACAUUUGUGUCUGCGCACCGGGCCGUGUGAAUUUAAUCGGUGAGCACACUGAUUACAACGAGGGUUUCGUCAUGCCAAUGGCUCUGCCGAUGGUCACGGUGGUGGUCGGAAAGCUUGGAAGCGAUAACAAAUAUAAGAUUUUUUCACUUGAUAAAUCGAUCGGACAGUCAAAUUAUUAUGAAUUCGAAGCUACCUCACGUAAAAAUAUAAAACCAGGGGAACCGAAAUGGGUUAACUACGUGAAAGGAUGUAUAGCACAUUUUGCUUGCGACGUGCCGCCUUUCAAGAUCGUUAUUGCGUCGACCGUGCCUGUCGGCGCCGGUCUGAGUAGUUCAGCCGCUCUGGAAGUAGCUACUUACACGUUCUUGGAAGCAUUGACCGGCGUCAAGCCGAGCAGGGUGGAGGAUAAGAUCUUGGCAUGCCAGCGUGUCGAGCACGAAUUUGCUGGAGUCCCGUGCGGCAUCAUGGACCAGUUCGUAUCGGUGAUGGCCAAGGAAGGUUACGCUCUUCUUCUCGAUUGUAGAGAUCUUACCACCAAGCAAAUACCAAUGUCGCAAAUCAAAGACUACGCCUUUUUGAUUACCAAUUCGAACGCCCCUCAUAAAUUGAGUUCCAGCGCGUAUCGCGAGCGCCGAGACUGCUGUUACGAAGCCGCGAAAAAAUUGAACAAGAAGAGUCUGCGCGAAGCGACCAUCGACGAUAUUCGAGUUUUGGAGGAACAGAAGGCGCCGGAGGAGAUGAUAAAGAGAGCCCGUCAUGUGGUUACGGAGAUCCAAAGAGCGCUCGACGCCGCGGCUGCUCUCGAAAAGGGAGACUUUAACGAGUUCGGACGGCUGAUGAACGAAAGCCACGAUUCGUUGAGGAACGACUACGAAGUCUCGUCCGCCGAGCUGGAUGCUCUGGUCACAGCGGCGAGAGGAGUGGACGGCGUUCUAGGAAGUCGCCUGACCGGCGCUGGAUUUGGAGGAUGCACGGUGACGUUACUGAAAAAAGAAGCGAUCGACGAAGCAGUGAAACGCAUCAAGGCCAAGUAUACUGGAAACGCAGUUUUCUAUAUAGCAAGUCCCGCGAUGGGUUGCCGAGUCUUGGACGUCAAUUAAGCCGCAACGGUCACGAUGUGCAAUUCUAACUUGACAGACUGGUUAAAAGUAUCUCUUUUAAUACUGACUUGUUUUUUUGGAGAAGAAACGACCGUUAAGCACACGAAUUAACUCUUAAACACGUACAACACCGUGCGAGUCUAAAAGUUUAUACAGAAUAUGUCAUUGCCAGUUUAUACAAAUUCACAUCGUUAUACUAUGUAUAUAUACAUUCCUUACGAUACUACUUAUACUUUAACAGACCCUUUCGGCACGAUUGGCUCCAUACGAUUUUUACCAUCGAUUUCACGCGGUGCUGCCUGAACACCGUACAAUUCUGUACGUGAGACAUCGUACGAUCGUCACUGUGCCCGUAGGGUCGAUCAUGUUACCUCGGGACGGCUAUCGAAAUAAACAGUUCUUUCACUGCGA